AAGGACUGUGGAGGAGGAGGAGAGAAAUGUGAGGCAGAAGUGGAAGAAAAGAAGUGAUUUUACAGAAGAAGAGUUUUCUAAAAAAAAUAAUCUACAGCCUGGAGAAAAACAAAUAAAACAACUCAGCAAGACGGGACUCUAUCUUCUCUGGAACUUCUAGUGUGUUACACAUAUUAGUAAAGGUGAAAGUUCAAGUAGCAGCAGAGUGUGACGAUGUCGGUGAGGCCUCUGCUCUUCAUCCUGGGGAUCACAGCAGCCACUGUCAGUACAACUCAAGGAUCAUGGAGAGGAGACACUAGAGAGUCCAGCCCUGGUUUAUUCCACAUUGAGGACAACUACGAGUGGACAUCUUGGUUCAACGUUGAUCAUCCCGGAGGUCGUGGAGACUACGAGCAGCUCGAUGCCAUUCGCUUCUACUACCGAGCCCGAGUCUGUGAGACCCCACGGGCCCUUGAAGCCAGAACCACUGACUGGAUACCAGCAAGAGAAACAGGGGAGAAGGUCCACGCAGACCCCACUGUGGGGUUCUGGUGCCUCAAUGAAGAACAGGGUCCUGAACACAACUGUUCCAACUACGCAGUUCGCUUCCUCUGUCCUAAAGACAUCAGGGAGAAUAUUCAGGGUACUUGGGGUCUGUGGUCAGACUGGAGUUCAUGUCCUGCCCUCUGUGGUGAAGUUGGGGUUCAACUGCGUUCCAGAAAGUGCCAAUCCAGCUCUGUGCCAUGUGUUGGGCCUAAAGUUGAGGGGAAAGAAUGUAACGGGCCAGAGUGUCCAAAGACAGAAUGCCUCCUGAAGUGUGUGAUGGGGAGGGUGAAUGCAGAGUGUGAUGCCUGCAUGUGUGAAGAUCACACAGUGCUGGGUUCAGUCCGUGGCGCUGGAGGUCUGACAGCUGAAGGGGCUACUAUCCUUCGCUCUGGGAAACUCCUCACUCUCACCGACCACAACGGACAUUUUCGCAUCCCGGGUCUGUGCCCUGAUGCCAACACCACCUUGACCAUCAGCCUGCAGGGUCAUGCUACCCAUAGUGUUGUUGUGCCACACAGCACUGAACGUACCUCUGUCCUCAGCAUCCAGCUAAAAAGAACAGAGAAGCUUCAUGUAUUGAGCAACCCUGAAAGCAAAACCAGAAGGGAGGGACAAACUGCUGCCUUUUGCUGCAAAGUGUCAGGAACGCCACAGCCAGAGAAGUACCAAUGGUUUUAUAACAACAGUCUUCUAGAGAGGCAGUCUGACAGCACCUUAGUCCUCAAGGACCUGCAUCCUGAACAGGCAGGAGAGUACUACUGCAAAGCAAGUGGUCCAUCUGGUACCAUCAAGACCAAACCAGCCACACUCAAAAUCUUAGGUAGAAAUGAGCAUUCAUGUAACCCCAAGCCUGAAUCCCACCUCAUCCGUCUUCCACAUGACUGCUAUCAAAAUGGCACAAACUCUUUCUACUUUGAUGUGGGUAAAUGUCCAUCAGCUUCAUGUGCUGGACAGCUGGAUAAUGGCAUCAGGUGCAAAGACAAAGUGGCUUACUGCUGUGGUGUGGCAAAGAUGGAAGAAAGGCAACUGACCUGCCAGGGUUACCAACUGCCCACCAUGGUGGUGACUGAGUGUGGCUGUCAGAAAUGUGUGGACACCAAGGCCGUUGUGUACGGGAGGGCUAUUGCCGCCGAUAAUGGUGAGCCAAUGAGGUUCGGCCACAUUUUUAUGAAUGGAGUUCGAAUUAGUCGCACUGGCUACAAAGGUACUUUCUCCAUCCAGGUCCCUCCAGAUACAGAGAGGCUCGUCCUGACAUUUGUAGACAACAUGCAGAAAUUUGUUGACACUACAAAGGUACUUCCAUUCAACACAAAAGGAGGAGCUGUUUACCAUGAGAUCAAACUUCUCAGGAAAAAAGCUCCUGUGACCAUCAGCUCCACAGAGACAAACACCUUGGAGCUUGGAGAGGUCGAGGGCCAAGAGGCAAUGGUUCAAAUCCAGAUUCCUCCUCACUCCUUCUACACUCAGAGUGGAGAGGUCUUCACUGGUAAUGUGAAUGCUAGUGUUACAUUCCUCGACCCAAGAGAUGUCUCCACAGCUGCAGCAGCUCAAAGUGAUUUGAAUUUUGUUGGAGAUGAAGGAGACACCCUACCACUGCGGACCUAUGGGAUGUUCUCUGUUGAUUUUCGGGGGGAGGAAAACAACGAACCACUUAAUGCAGGUGAAGUGAAGGUAUUCCUGGAUUCUGCCCAGGUGACCAUGUCUGAACACCUUAACACCAUGAAGCUGUGGUCACUAAACCCUGAUACCGGCCUGUGGGAGGAGGAGGGCACUCUUCAGGUGGAGAAAAAAAGAAGAGGUAAAAGAGAAGAAAGAACCUUUCUGAUUGGAAAUAUGGAGAUCAGGGAGAGACGUCUGUUUAACCUGGAUGUCCCAGAGAACCGCAGAUGUUAUGUCAAAGUUAGGGCCUUCCGCAGUGAGCGAUUCAUGCCUAGUGAGCAGGUUGAAGGCGUUGUUGUCAGUCUUAUAAACAUGGAACCCACAGCUGGUUACUCUACCAACCCACGUGCAUGGGGUCGUUUCGAUAGUGUCAUCACUGGCCCCAAUGGUGCCUGUCUUCCUGCCUUCUGCGAUGAACAAAAAGCUGAUGCUUACACCGCCUACGUCAUGGCCAAUCUAGGUGGAGAGGAACUAGAAGCUGUGCCUUCAGCUCCCAAGCUCAAUCCCAACCUUAUCGGAGUACCUCAGCCCUACCUGGGUAAACUUAACUACAGGCGGUCUGACCACGAAGACACCAGAGUGAAGAAGACAGCAUUCAGCAUCAACGUAGCAAAGCCCAGCCCAAACACAGCUGAGGAAGGCAACGGGCCAGUUUAUGCAUUUGAGAACUUGAAAGAAUGUGAGGAAGCACCGUUCAGUGCUGCACAUUUCCGCUUUUCAAGAGUAGAAGGAGACCGCUACGAUUACAACACUGUGCCAUUCAAUGAAGACGACCCCAUGAGCUGGACAGAGGACUACCUAAGCUGGUGGCCUAAACCCAUGGAAUACCGGGCCUGCUACAUCAAAGUCAAGCUCAACAGCCCACAUGAGAUCAAUGUGCGGUCCCGCAACAUGGGUGGCACCCACCCCAAGACAGUGGGCCAACUGUACGGCCUUCGUGACACUCGUAGCAUCAGAGACAUGGACCAGAACACUGUGUCAGCUGUGUGCCUGGAGUUUAAGUGCAGUGGGAUGCUCUACGAUCAGGAACGUGUAGAUCGGACCCUUGUGAAGGUAAUCCCUCAAGGAAGCUGCAAGAGAGAUGGUGUCAACACAAUGCUUCAGGAGUAUCUCGUCAACCACCUGCCCCUCGCUGUCAAUAAUGACACCAAUGAAUUCACUAUGUUAGCACCACUGGACCCUCUUGGCCAUAACUACGGGAUCUACACAGUGACAGACCAGGAUCCACGCACAGCCAAGGAGAUUGCACUUGGACGCUGCUUUGACGGCACCUCAGAUGGAACGUCUCGUGUCAUGAAGAGCAAUGAGGGCGUAGCCAUGACAUUCACCUGUGGAGAUCGUGAGGUGACGCGCCAGAGUGUUUUCCAGGCCAUGCAGAAUGCACAAGGUCAGACAGUAACAAGUGUGGUGAGAGGAGAAGGCAGGCAGAACCGACGCCGGCAGAGGGCAGGAGGUUCUAAUUCACUCCGCAAUAGUCGCAGACGCAGCACCAGGAAUCCUACAGGGAAACGCACACACACCAGCAGCUAGGAAGAAAAAUAACCGUAACAGACUGGUGACAGACUAAACGAAAAACCUGAUGGGAGUGGUCUGUUCAAGACAACACCUCCAUUAGUAGGACACAAGGGCUCAUUGAAUGGUUUGGCAUGAUUAUGACCUUUGAAAUUCAGAUCUAAAUGCAACUUAAUACCCAUGAGAUGUUGGAUCAACAUGUUGACACCCCCCCACAGCCAUCAUCUAAACACCAAAUGUGGGAAUAUCAUUUCGACAGAGUAGUGUUCACUCUGGUGAAAUUCAGACCUGGAUAAUCAACAGGUCGAACACUUAAGACACUUCAUGAUGGUUUUUCAUUAAAUUUGUCAUCUGUAUGUUCAAAGUGCUCUGUCACCUGUUACAGUGGAGAGCUGAGUGAUAACCUGAUAUUUAGAUGUUUUUCAAAUUAAGUGUAUAAUAAACCAAUGCUUAUUUUUGAAAGUUCUUCCAAAAGAAUGUUUGCUGUAUCAAAACCUUUUAAUUUACAUCUUUAACUGUACUGUGGUCAUAUUUACUUGAAACUGUAAAUAGCAUAUUUAUUACACAUGCCAUAAAAUCAGUAAUCUUUGA